AUGAUCGAGACGUAUGUGCAGACAGACAAGGCUCUGAAACUCAAUUAUCACUUGCGGAAGCAGUCCACUGUGACUUACCGUCACGAGCUGGCACUGGGGAGUGUCCCGCGACACUCAGAGCCUCUCACACCAGGCUACUCACGAAAGGCAAUGUUCGGGCAGUUGAUACCUCCCGGUGAAAUGCAAAAGAUGUAA